GUUUCCUUGCAAAGUACCCUGUCGUGUAACGAGAGGGAUCCACAUCCAUCUUCCCCCUCUUCAACAGCUGGAAAAGCUCCCUCGCCAGGUCUGGGUUUCCGCAUCUCCAGCAUAUGACUUCUAGGGCUUUUCUUUCCCUCUGGCCCGUAUAUACUGUACUAACACUUGGACUGCUUUAAGCUUAACGCCUUCCUUUGCUAACGGAGAAGGCGUAUCUGUCUCUGGUCUUGCACUGCACACGCACCCAUAUUCUACAGCAACGACGACAGGUCUACUCUAUCCCGAGCACAGGUUCGCACGCGACAGAGCUUCGCUUCUCUCUACUCCAAAACGGGCGAACAAUCGGAAAUUCAAAGUUGUUACCAAUGCCUGAGGCCGAAAUCACCACCAAUGGAGAGUACGAAGACAUCAGGUACCAUCUCUUCGAAGCGGUGGACUACGAUCGACAUAUGUCGUGGAAGGCCACCAAGGAGGGCUUCAUCUAUGCUGGCGUGAAGAAUGUGGAAAGGCUGAAUGGAGACGUAGACACGGUCGACGCCGUUCUGCCGAAAGGGCAGAUUGUGAUUAUUUUCAGCAUGUGUUUUCAGUUGGCGACGGAAAGCGUUAAUCGGCCUUGUCCACCCAAGUCUCGCCAGGCCGAAACGACUGCCAAUGGAGAUUACGAACAUAUCAGCUGGCAUCGCUUCGAGGCGUUAGACUACGACAGACUUAUGUCGUGGAAGGCUACCAACAAGGGUUUUGUCUGUACUGGUACGAUGGUACCGCUGAAUAGAAGCGUAGACACGGUCGACGCGGUUCUGCCGAAAGGGGUGGUUAUACUUGUUUCCGACAUGUGUUUUAAAUUGACUUCGGAAAGAUAGGUCGAGCGAUUGUUGUAUACUUUGCGACUGGUGUCUGGAUUCAUCGUCACGGCUGGCUUGUUGCCAUAGUUCCGAAUCGUUUUAUUCGUGGGUUUGGGUACGUCGGGACCUGGCCGUUUGUAUGAUCGACAAUGAAAGGAGGGCAGCUCCCAAUGCCGUGUGCGUUAUGAGUCUCUCGGACUGAAUCGUUGACCUUGCCCUGUAUGAGUGUGCUUGGGCUGACGACGACGCGCUCGCUGAAAG